AGGGGACAGCGAUGGCCAGAGGAGGGUGGCCUUGUCACGCGUGACGGCCGCGGAGCCCCCGCGUCCCCGGGGUGUCGCGUGCCGGGGUGCUGAUCCGGGCUCUCCCCUCCGCGGGGCAGGGAAGACGGUGGUGCACCAGCUCUCCGUGUCCCUGGAGGACCUCUACAACGGCGCCACUCGGAAGCUCUCCUUGCAGAAGAACAUCAUCUGCAGGAAGUGUGGAGGCUGCGGAGUCCGGGACGGUGCCCAGAGAAGAUGCCCCAAGUGCCACGGCUCGGGCAUGGAAGUCCGUAUCCACCAGCUGGGGCCCAGCAUGAUCCAGCAGAUCCAGACCAUGUGCUCCCAGUGCCAGGGCCAGGGCGAGUGGAUCCGGCCCCGGGACUGCUGCCUCACCUGCAACGGCCGCAAGGUCGUCCGAGAGAAGAAGAUCCUCAGUGUCCACCUGGAUAAAGGCAUGAAGGACGGGCAGAAGAUCACGUUCCACGAGGAAGGGGACCAAGUGCCCGGCCUGGAGCCCGGGGACAUCGUCAUCGUCCUGGAUCAGAAGGAACACCCGGUUUUCCGGCGCAGCGGCGACGACCUCAUCGUCAAGAGGGAGAUCAGCCUGGCGGACGCGCUGUGCGGCUGCCGGCAGGUCAUCCGCACGCUGGAUAACAGGACCCUGCUCAUCGCCUCGCAGCCAGGUGAUGUCAUCCGACCCGGGGACAUGAAGUGUGUCCCCAACGAGGGCAUGCCCGUCUACAGGAGCCCCUUCCAGAAGGGCAAACUCAUCCUGCAAUUCCAGUGCCAGGGGUUGCGGGAGGCCCCCGCGCUGUUGGUGGCUGCGGCUCCGUCCGGCGCUUUUCCGUGCGCGGAUCCGGGCUCCGGACGCCUCGCGGGGCCGGCUCGCGCCCUGGGGCCCGCGCUGGACCUGUUUAACUUGCUUUGUCCGUUUUCUUUCCUUGCUGAAGCCUAG